AUGUCCGGUUUGUUUGGCAAGCAUCAGCACCAAGAAAACAAAGAAGGCAACAACACGGCCAGCUAUCGCCUUCGAGUCACAGCAGGGCCCGAGUACGACGUCAAGACACAUCAGAUCGUCCCCGUCAACUCGCCCAAAACCGUGCGGUUCGAAAACGAGCAGGCCACGGUCAAUGUCUGCGUGCGAAUCCAAGGCUAUACAGGCUUACCGAACGGCUCCCCCUCAACCAGCGAGUACUUUUCGCAUCCGCUUCACACAAACGACCAAUACUCCAUCUGCUUCAGCUUCGUACCCAAGCACGACAUCUGCGGCGCCGAUCUCCUCUUCGGCAAUGACUUUGAUCAGCCGAUCCGCGACAACAUCCCGCCGGGCUUCAAUACCGCGCUGAACAUUGUGAAAUGGGCGAUUGAUCCGGCCCUGGAAGGUGAUCCUUACGCGCAUAAGCCGUAUAUGUACAGUCCUGGCAUUGCGUCCUGGAAUUACUUUCGUAUUGGCGAGAUGGCGAGUCCGGAAAAGUUGAAAGAGACGUUGGAUAUGCAUAGUGAAGUGGUCGAAGAAGGGGCCGACGGGACUGGCGCAGAGAUCAGACGCAAAUUCCAGAUCCCCGACGACCAGGCUCAGCGGAGAAAGCAUUUUUUGAAUGAGAAUGCUCGCAAGGAGUUCGUUUUUGAAAAGGGUAGGGAGUAUCUGGUGGAUUUUGGGAAUCCGUAUUUAGGAUUCAACGAUUUCUCUCUUCGGCUUCCUGGUUUCAAUCUUCAAGUGAUAAAAUAUAUCAGCGAGCGAAACCACAAAUUGCGAUAUACGUUAAAGGAUAGGAAAACAAACAAGGUAAUACUGGCUGUGCUACUGAAGCUGUUACUGCACGACACCGCCGAAGAGAUUAGUGAACGAACCACUCCUGAGUCUGAGUGUUGUGAAGAGUCGUCAAAGGCUAACAAGCAUGAAGAAAAGUAG